AUGGGCGAGGUGACGGCAGAGGAGGUGGAGAAGUUCCUGGACUCCAAUGUCGGCUUUGCCAAAAAGUACUACAACCUCCGCUAUCGGGCCAAGGUCAUCUCGGACCUCCUGGGGCCCAGGGAGGCAGCCGUGGACUUCAGCAACUACCACUCGCUGAGCAGCGUGGAGGAGAGUGAAAUCAUCUUCGACCUCCUGCGGGACUUUCAGGAGAAUUUGCAGGCCGAGAAAUGCAUCUUCAACGUCAUGAAGAAGCUGUGUUUCCUCCUGCAGGCAGACCGCAUGAGCCUGUUCAUGUACAGGGCCCGAAAUGGCAUUGCGGAGCUGGCCACCCGGCUCUUCAAUGUCCACAAGGAUGCUGUCCUCGAGGAGUGCCUGGUGGUGCCCGACUCAGAGAUCGUGUUCCCCCUGGACAUGGGAGUGGUGGGCCACGUCGCACUCUCUAAAAAGAUCGUGAACGUCCCCAACACAGAGGAGGAUGAGCAUUUCUGUGACUUCGUGGACACCCUCACAGAGUAUCAGACCAAGAAUAUCUUGGCUUCUCCCAUAAUGAAUGGGAAGGACGUGGUGGCCAUAAUCAUGGCUGUGAAUAAAGUGGACGGGCCCCACUUCACCAAGAGAGAUGAAGAGAUUCUUCUCAAGUACCUCAAUUUUGCAAAUAUAAUCAUGAAGGUGUUCCACCUGAGUUACUUGCACAACUGUGAGACUCGGCGCGGCCAGAUACUACUGUGGUCUGGGAGCAAAGUCUUUGAAGAACUUACGGACAUUGAGAGGCAGUUCCACAAAGCCCUGUACACAGUCCGAGCCUUCCUCAACUGUGACAGAUACUCCGUGGGGCUCUUGGACAUGACCAAGCAGAAGGAAUUUUUUGACGUGUGGCCAGUCCUGAUGGGUGAGGCUCCACCCUACUCUGGUCCCAGGACUCCAGAUGGAAGGGAAAUCAACUUUUACAAGGUCAUUGACUACAUCCUGCAUGGCAAAGAAGACAUCAAAGUCAUCCCGAAUCCACCUCCGGACCAUUGGGCUUUAGUGAGCGGCCUUCCCACUUACGUUGCCCAAAAUGGCCUGAUUUGCAACAUCAUGAAUGCACCUGCAGAGGACUUUUUUGCAUUCCAGAAAGAGCCUCUGGAUGAGUCCGGAUGGACGAUUAAAAAUGUCCUUUCUAUGCCAAUUGUGAACAAGAAGGAAGAAAUUGUUGGGGUGGCCACGUUUUACAAUCGCAAAGAUGGGAAACCCUUUGAUGAAAUGGAUGAGACCCUCAUGGAGUCUUUGACUCAAUUCCUGGGCUGGUCUGUCUUAAAUCCUGACACUUAUGAGUCAAUGAACAAACUUGAAAACAGGAAGGAUAUUUUCCAAGACAUGGUGAAAUAUCAUGUGAAGUGUGACAAUGAAGAAAUCCAGAAAAUCUUGAAAACCAGAGAAGUGUAUGGGAAGGAGCCGUGGGAAUGCGAGGAAGAAGAACUGGCUGAGAUCCUGCAAGAACAGCUGCCAGAUGCAGAGAAAUAUGAAAUUAAUAAAUUCCACUUCAGCGACCUGCCCCUGACGGAACUGGAGCUGGUGAAAUGUGGAAUACAGAUGUACUAUGAGCUCAGAGUGGUGGAUAAAUUUCACAUUCCUCAGGAGGUUCUGGUGCGGUUCAUGUAUUCCCUGAGUAAGGGCUACCGCAGGAUCACCUACCACAACUGGCGGCACGGCUUCAACGUGGGGCAGACCAUGUUCUCCUUGCUGGUGACUGGAAAGCUGAAGCAAUACUUCACAGACCUGGAGGCCCUGGCCAUGGUCACCGCCGCCUUCUGCCAUGACAUUGACCACAGAGGCACCAACAAUCUCUACCAAAUGAAAUCCCAGAACCCACUGGCCAAGCUCCAUGGGUCCUCCAUCUUGGAAAGACACCACUUGGAGUUUGGCAAAACAUUGCUGAGAGAUGAGAGCUUGAAUAUCUUUCAAAACCUCAAUCGCAGGCAGCAUGAGCAUGCAAUCCACAUGAUGGACAUCGCGAUCAUUGCUACAGACCUCGCCUUGUAUUUCAAGAAGAGGACGAUGUUCCAAAAGAUCGUGGAUCAGUCUAAGACAUAUGAGACUCAACAGGAGUGGACGCAGUACAUGAUGCUGGAUCAGACACGGAAGGAAAUCGUUAUGGCCAUGAUGAUGACCGCCUGUGAUCUCUCAGCCAUCACCAAGCCUUGGGAGGUGCAGAGCAAGGUGGCGCUACUGGUUGCUGCCGAAUUCUGGGAACAAGGUGACCUGGAGCGCACGGUGCUGCAACAGAAUCCCAUUCCCAUGAUGGACAGAAACAAGGCGGACGAACUCCCCAAGCUUCAGGUCGGCUUCAUUGACUUCGUUUGCACCUUUGUCUACAAGGAAUUCUCCCGGUUCCACGAGGAGAUCACUCCCAUGCUGGAUGGGAUCACCAACAACCGCAAGGAGUGGAAGGUGCUCGCUGACGAGUAUGAAGCCAAGAUGAAGAUGCUGGAGGAGGAGAAGCAGAAAGGGCAGGCAGCCAACCAAGCCGCCGCAGGAAAUCAGCCUGGGGGAAAACCAGGCUCAGGUGGAGGCGCGCCUGCAUCCAAGUCCUGCUGUGUCCAGUAG